CGAAGCCUCGCCGUUUAGGAUCGUUUAUCUUUUCUCCGUGUCUUUACUGCGUCGCGUGGUUGCCGUGGUGUUGGUGUGCGUGCACACUGGAGAAGAAUUUGUGCAACUGCGCAUCGAGAAAGGUCCCUGCACCGAAACGGAAGAUCUGCUUCGUACAGCAGGAUCGUAUCGUAUUUCAAGCCAGCGCUCAGUCCGUUUGCAGAUGUUUUGCCGUUUGCAAUAAUGAUCUAAUCUGACAGUUGGACCGAUGGUGUAACAUGUCAAGGCCUACUUUGAUAUCGAAAAAUAAUCGUGAUUGAAGAAAGUUCUUUUAGCAGUGUUCUGUGUGUGUACAUACUUGUCUCGAAACGGUCGAAACGCGUGCUAUCCAUCCAUCCAUCCGAGUGCACUCGAUCAGACCAAAAGGGUGUGCGAAAGAGAAAAGCAAUAAAACCGCGAUCACUACCACAAGUUAGAAGCGGACGAAAGGAAGUGAAGCAUCUCACGAAGGGCUUUCGUGGGUUUUGUGCAGCAGCAGCAGCAGCAAGUUGCCGUCGAUUUCAGAUCCAGAGUAUAGCGACCAAAUGCUAAUUGAUCUAAAUGCGUGGUUCGAUCGUUUAGCAUGUUUGCCCAAAGGGGAAAGUCGACUUUGUUACUUGGAUACUCUGCUCUUGCUGUACUGGAAUAAUGUGAGCGCAUAGAUUUGGCGCACCCGAUCCGAUAGCCAAUGUUCAAGGUGAUCGCAUAGAUUGACCAGCUGUUGCAUUUUUCUGUCGCCUUCGGUGCCUGCUGUUCUUCCAGGACUGACCUCUUUCAUGUGCACGGUUUAGACGGAUUUAGAAGCCGUUUGGGUUUAAACUCAACGGCAGGAAGACAUGAUAGACGCAAGUUAGAAAAAAAAAACCAAACGGGAGCAGCUUAGUGGUGGGGCAAAUUAAUAAAGAGAACGGUGAGCCGAAGCCGUUUUCGUGAAUAUUGAAUUAGGUGGAAGAAGCAGAAGAAGUGGUAAACUAGGCAUAGCCUGCAAAGUUUGCUAAACAAUAAAAAAAAGCAAGCCACAGGCCAGGCAUCCGUCGAGAAACAUCAAAACAACAGGAGUAAGAAAAACGUGCAAAUCCCCGUUUAGUAGUGUUUGGGGUCAACCGACGGCGAGAACAAGAAACAGAAACGAAGUAACUUCCCGUCCUACCGCCUACCGCCAGGGAACACAAAUCCCUCACAAAUGAUUUCGUACUGACCGUUUCCGAACCCAGCAUCCGUUCCUUCCAGAUGAAGAAAUCAAAGCAGAAGCGCCAAACACAUGAACAGUACCGUCCCGCCCAAAACUCUGCCCCGUCUCUGCAGAAUGCGGUCCUACCAAGCUGUUGCCAGUUGGCCGCCGCAUCCUGUCCGGAUUGCUAUGUCGCUCAUCAGUACAAUUCGGGUGUUCCUCAGAACGUUUCCUAUCGGAACGAUGUCACUUCCUGCCAUCAGCAGCAAAUCUAUCAAAACGCACCGCACCACAACAUUUACCGUGCGGCGGGACCGGGAAGGUCGUCGUCGUCGUCUGCAGCUUCCUCCCUUCAGUCGCCGACGCCAACUGUCCCGAUCUCAAAACCAACCAAUAUCGUAGCAACGAUGGAACUAUUCGAACCGAGAACUGCAGCAGCUUCCCAUUCACGUUAUCACCACCCACAUCAGGAUUAUUCCUAUGCCUAUUACGAACCGGGAGUGGCGCUACGUCAUUCCAAUGUCCCUUCCUAUAUCUUAGACCCCAGCAAUAAUGGUGGUGGACCGUCGACGGCAGGUCCAUCCUCCUCACCACGAACCUCACUCGCCUCGAUGGCUGGUUCCAGUUCCAUGCGAACCAUGAUGGCUCUCGGUGGUAGCGGCCAACGGAAUCGAAUGUAUGCUCGGCGGACGGGUGGAAGUGCUGGACGCUUUCCCGGUUCUCCCUGUGAGAACAUUUACGAGGAAAUCAUACACGAGGAAAACGAAAGGGAAGGAAUUACUCCGGUUACACCGAGUGGCCGACUGUCGCUGAUGUCACUGAAUCAAAGUGAGGUCGUGGAGGAGGAGUUUCGACAGGUUCAUCAGUGCCAUCGGAAGGUUCUUGGCGAGUUGAAUCUAUCCGUUGAGGCCAUGCUGAUGGUGGAAGAAACGUCCAAUCGUGAUAGCGGCUACUACCAUCGACGAGGUGUCUCGAACUACCGGCGAAAGUCUUCCGGUGGCAACGGUGGCCAGUGUACGGAUUUGGACAGUGGUUUUUCGGGCAGCAGUGGAAGCACCAGUUACAUUGGCAACCUGCGAGCAAAGAAAACGGAAGCACGAAUGUUGUCGCUUCAUCAGCAGAGUCACCAUCAAUCGAUGAUGCUGUUCGACCGGAUCGGACAGGAGGACACUCGCAGUAUUGCCAGUUCUCACUCGGCCGAUCGAUCCAGUGGAUCGAUAAAGGCGUUUUGCAAGGGGAAAAAUUUGAGCAAAUUGUUUAGUGGCAGUACGCGUUCCUUGCGCAGGAUGCUGGAAACUGGUGAACCCUCUCGGAAGGGAACACAUUCGACUCCCAGUUCGCCAACGUUUGUCAAAUCGAGCAAAGUCGGAUUCUGGUCCAAACGAGGUUGGAACAAGCGGAUGUCGUCGAGUGGGGCGCUGCAUCACAGCUUCGAAGAUGAAACAAAACCCUACCAGACGGCGGACACUUCGUGGGAUAGUACACUGUCGUUCGAUCUUCCAAUCGGUGGUGGUGGUGGCAAGCGAGUUCUCGAAACGCCACCUUCUCUCGUGAUCAGCGAUAAACGGCAACCGAGUGCGGUGGACCAACUGAUCCCGUAUCAGACGGAACGGAGUAGCACCAAGCUCGAUUACAAACCGUCAACCCGGACAGUCAGCUCCGAGGAUAGCUGCUACUCGGAGGAACGUUACAUUUCUUCCUCCGAUGACGAGGAUGACGACGACGACGACGACGAGGACGAGCUAGAUCUUGACGAGAAAGAUAUCUGUGAGGAGUACCUCCGGGAGCAUAAUCGCCGCAAUCGUCGCGGCGGCCAACCAAAGAACAACUCAACGCCAAAGGAAGCCACCAUCGUACCGUCUUCGGUCGAAAUCGGUGCCGAUCCGGUUGCUGGGGAGCGAAGACGCAGCAUCACCCAACUGCAGAACACCAUCAACAAGGCCAAGUAUCACUUUUCGUUCGAUAAAUGGAAAGGUCACCACGGCGGUGGCAGCAACAGUGCAGCAGCAGCAGCGGCAGCGGCAACAACAGCAGCAGCAGUAGCAGUGCACAACGGGAAUCACGUCAGCACCAGCCGAACAACUCCCUGCGUAUCCGUUCCGGUGGGUGUUGGUGGAGUCGUUGGCGGUAAUGACAAAUCAUUGAUUGCCGAUCUCGCCAACAAUAAUCGGAACUCUAUGCACGCAUCCACAAUGCCGAGCACAGCGUCAGCAGCGUCCUCCCCGCUACCACCAUUGGUGAUGAGCCCCGGGACCAACUCGGCCAAUACGUCCACCUCCUCCUGUUCGGCCAGUCCGUCACCGUCGAUUUCGUCGGAACCGUUCUCCCGACUAUCGCGCUGGUUUUCGAUACGUCGCGGUUCGAUGAAUCAGUACGACGUGAAAGGUCACAGCAGUGGCGGCGUCAGUUCGGUUUCCGCUGGCGGAAAGGAAAAUCGUCGCAACAGUAUUGAUCACGUGGAUUCGACCGGUUCGCUGUUUGGCACCGGAAGUCGGUUCGAUGCCGGCAAGCGAGCGAUGGGAAAGGUAAUGGAAGCGGACGAGGAUCCGCUGCAGUUGGCCCUGGACAGUUUUGCGAUGACCCGUGGUGCCGGUGGAGAGCCGAAAACGAACGAAAGAAGACACAUCCCCGUUGCACUGCCACCGGCUCCAACGGGACUUACCCAGCAGCAGCUUAAACGAAGACUGAUCGUUGCCGCCAUCGUACACAGCGAAAAUUCCUACGUGGCUUCGCUGCAGCGGCUAGUUAAUGAAUACAAACGACCCCUCGAAGAAAGCAACCCACCCAUUCUUAACCCAUCGAAGACUGCCAUUCUUUUCCAUCGUCUUCCGGAAAUCCUCCAACUGCACACACUCUUUCGCAUUUCGCUAGCCGAUUACAUCCAAAGUUGGGACUCGGAGGAGAAAAUCGGUGACGUUUUCGUGGCCACCUUUAGCAAAUCUCUCGUUCUGGAUGUGUACAGUGGAUUCAUCAACAAUUUCUCGAUCGCCAUGGAUCUGGCGCGAAUGGAAGCAAAGCGAAAAUCGGCCCUGUCCGAUUUUUUCAAAGUCAAACAGAUCAGUUCUCACGAUCGGCUGUCGUUUUUCGGGCUGAUGGUGAAACCGGUCCAACGGUUUCCACAAUUCAUUCUGUUUUUGCAAGAUCUGCUCAAAUACACUCCGCAGGGUCACCACGACCGGAUGUCCCUACAGUUGGCCCUAACCCAACUGGAAUCGUUGGCGGAAAUGUUGAACGAACGGAAACGGGAAGCCGAACAGUUCCAAGCGUUCAAGGAAAUGCUGGAGAACAUCAGCGGUACCUUCAACAUACGCUCGUUGGUGUCCGGUGGAACGUCCGACAAUACGAUCAACAGUAGCAACACUCGGUAUCUGCUACGGGAGGAUAACGUCACCCAGCUUGAGUUUAACCAGUCCGGUUACAUAGUGAAAAGCAAAAAACGCCGGUUACUACUGCUGAACGAUAAGGUGCUGUGUGUUUCGGUCGCUCCCAAGCAAUCGCACGAAUUCGGCUCCUCGGAGAAGCUAACCUUCAAAUGGAUGCACCCGGUACAGGAUGUGGAGAUUGUGGACAACAACCAAUCAAUCACACUGUCCAGGAUACUAACGGCAGGAAUGAAACGCGGCAACAGCCUUAAAUCGAACGCCAGCUUCGAUUCGCCCCAUUUCGGAUCGGGUGCGCUGCCGGUUGGUGGGAGUACCGCAACGAUGAACAGUUCGUUCGGUAGUGGUCCCGGCGGUGGAACGCUUCCCGGGUGCGGUAGCGACGCGGACAAUCUGUGCGGUGAAAUGAACAACUUGAUGCAUGACUACGAGGUCAUGUCGCGGAUCAACGAUCUGGUCGGAUCGCUCAAGGGUAGCUACAAGGAAAUCAAUCUCGGCGUAACCAAGUCCAUCCUGGCGGACAUUCAGGCGUCAAUACAGAAAAAGGACGAAGAAAUUUCCUGGGUGGACUCAUGCUGUCUCCAGUUGGUACUGAAAAAUGCUGCCAAGGGUGGUAAGGAGGACCUAACGUACACAUUCCAGAUCGAGAGCCCACAGGUCAAGAAAGACUGGAUCACCGAACUGCGGUUGGCUCAGCUAGCCCUGGAUCCGAACAAUUCUCCCGCGUGGCAAAUCGGUGCAGAACACGAACAAAGAUACUCCCUCGCCAAGAUGCCGCUGUUUGUGAAGGCCUAUCCGGUGUACAAGUCGCAGCAUCAAACCGAGGUCUGCUGCGGAUGUUAUUUCUCAUCGAACCUAGCGGCAUCUGGUGCGUACCGGUUGAAACCUUCGGCACGGAAACGUUCGAAGCACUCGAACACGCUGUGGAUUUGCUCGAGCGAUAAGAUCAACAGUCACGUGACGAUUCUUUCGCAUAACAGUGCCCAACACCAGAGCAACGGCGGAUUCGGAGAGUUGGCUCGGUUCAGUUUACCGGAAACCAUCGUCACGUGUAUGGAGUACGUGAAGGAGGGUGGGCUGAUCACCGGCGAUGAUGUCGGUGCGGAUUCGAUCUGGAUGGGAACGAACAACCACCGGGUGUUGAUCUACUCGGCCAGCUAUCCCAUCAACGAUGAACAGCUGGUCAACCUGUCACUGCCGGGUGUUCCUAGUCAGAUACUGUAUUUUAAUGAACGAGUCUUUGUCGGUAUGACCAAUGGAAGUGUGCUGGUGUUCUCGAGAACCGAUGUUGGCAUUUGGAGCCUAAACAGUCCGAAGAUACUGACGGUACAGACGGAACCGAUCACCAGCUUGUUGGCGAUCAAUAGCAGCGUGUAUUUCGCGGCCGGUCAAAACGUGUACGUGAUCAAUGGGAGGACCGGUGAGGUUGAGAAGAAUUUCCAUAUUAAACAUACGAACUCGGCUAACGUUAGUGCGACUGUCAAUCUGCUGGCCCAUUCUGGUAUAGGACUGUGGAUUUCGCUGAAGAAUUCGAGUAUCAUUUGUUUGUAUCAUACGGAAACUUUCAAACAUCUACAGGACAUCAACAUCGCUUCGAAUGUUUUGCGGGUGACUUCGUCACAUCAAAAUCCUUCUAGGGAAUCGAGUUCUGCGAUUCAGGUUACCGCUUUGAUGGCGGCAAAGGGAAUGCUGUGGGUAGGAACAAACGUGGGAAUCACGUUGACAAUUCCGUUACCGCGACUGGAAGGUGUUCCCAUCAUUAGCGGCGGUGUCAAUAUUUCCUACCAUGCCCAUCUCGGUCCUGUCACGUUUCUACUGCCUUUGGUGACAAAGUCAUAUCAUACACUCAGCCCGGUGCAGGCAGCAGCCAAGGUGCCCGAUUUGAAGCUGAUAAUCGCCGAGAGCGAAAACAAGGACUCCGAGGCCCGAUCGGUGGAACCAAACGUGAUGAAGGUGGACGAUGCCGAGAAACAAAAAGAAACAACGGCUUUGAAAGAACAAAUCUGCUCAAGUCCGGUGAUUCUUCGUAGGAAGAAACAACCUUCGAUGGAUUCCGGUCGUAUGGCCAAAACCCUGCCGAGAAAUCUCCGUACCAGCAGUGGAGCAUUUUCACCUUCGAUCCACUCGACGUUGUCCUCGUCGUCUCAGUACUCAGAUCAGGGUUGCGACGUUUAUGGAUUGUACAGUGAUCUUAUCUUCGUCAAAGAAGACAUUGAAAAUCAGGACGAUCGAAACAUUUUGGAUCCCAGUUACGAGUAUCAGCGUCGAAGCGAUCCGGACAUUGCGGCAAUUCCAGCCAAGGUGUCAACCCUGGACCGUAGGCUACGGAUGAAGGUGAGUCGUCCGCGGUCGCUCGAUCUUUCCAAUUGGUCCAUGGAAUCGCGAUCGUCCAGUGUGUACACCUCGUCCGGAAGUGACGAGAACGUGGGCAGUCGCAGUGCGAAUGGAAGUAAAAAUGUUUCCCGCAACAGUUCCAGUGCUAGUCACAAAAUGAACAAUUCCGAUCUGGACAACAUCAACGAGCACGAGGUGGUCAUGUUGGCACCCCUAAAACCAACCGAAUCGAUUGCCGGUGGCCCCAAAGAAUCCAGCUCAACCGCAGCGCUGGCGCCGGCGGCGCCUUCUGAGCUGGAAAAGUUUUCUUCGCAUCACAACACGGUUAAAAGGAAAACCAAACAGUCGGCUGCCGGUGCCACCGGUCCGAACGUUGGGGAUAAUUCAAGCGCUGGUGGCCGCAGAACGAUCCUCACACUGACCGGUGGCCGUGGUUGCGUCAACUGGAGACACAUUUGGGAACGAACCGGACCGGUCGAUGGUGGUGCUAGCAAAUCCGCUACCAGCUCACCCCAGAACCAUCACCAGCGAACCAACUCGGCCGCUUCCCUGGCCGGACUCGGACAAACAAACUCCACCGAUGCUCACAUUAUCAUUUGGGAGAAGAAAUUGUAGUAGAAUUCCGAAUCCGCGAAGGUUAGGGUAUUCCGAGCAAUUUGUGAAAAGUGUAAAUAUGGGGUUUUUUUCUUCUUCUUUUUCUUCUGUGAAUCAAGCGGUACUUUUUAGCUUAAGAGAAAAAUUUCAAACAAAUCUGUAUGUUGAUUUACAACAAACGAACACCCCAGUGAACUGAUCGCUGUGCUGUGCUGUGCUGAGAUCGCAUUAGAAACAAAAAACCCCUCCCCCCCUCCGAUAGGCAAAAAUGUUUGAGAGAAAAAAAUGUGAUAAAAAAAAUUAUUAUUUUUUUCGUUGUACACACAUUUUCGAUUGCAUUCUUACAUUUUCAUCUGCAUACGUGUUAUAAUCAAUCAUUUGCGAAUGACGGGAAAGUUAUCACUUCCAUUAGAACCAGGAAAAAAAGAGCCGGUGUAUAUUUAACUAAUUUUAUAUAUUUUAUAAUUGGCAUACAUCAAAGCAACGGAGAGAUUUGUUAGUUGUAGGCGAAAGCGGAACGGAAAAAAAGUAUGAAUUAACUUUUGUGUUUCCCCCCUAAAUCAGUAGAGAAAGGAGAAGUAGAAACACAAUCUCAGAGAUCGAUUCUAAACGCGGUAUUUAUCUUUGUUUACUUUGUAAGUAAGAAAGCUACCACUCGAAAGAUUUCCCAUUCCGUGCAGCAAUGAUAAUGGAUAAUUCUUCUACUCAUCAGACAGGAAAAAAAAUAUCCGCAUUCGUUAGGCAGAUUCUAUUCGAGACUAUGUACAGGAAAGUUCAAUCUCUCUGAACACGGUAUCAGGUUUCAUCGAUAAGAUUUGGUAGGCGUAGUUGUUCUAAACAUUAUAAUAGGGUUUACUAGUUUUUAGUACAAAACAAAAAGUUUUACCUAUUGUACAGAACUACCUGCAGCGGAGCCCCGGAGAUUGAUUACUAUGUUGAAGUUCGAAUUGAGCUCGCGAAACAACGCGUAAGAAGAGUUGGAAUUUUUGUACAGGAUUCGUUAAGGAUUAUACUAAUUAUUAUUGCUCCUAACACAUAUGUUUCCUUUCUUGUUUCCCCCCUCUGCAAGUACACUUACUAUCAAUCAAAGCAAAAAAAAAAACGCCAUUUGAAUUCAUUGUUCAUAUUUAACCAAUCUCAUUCCAAUCACUCUCCUCUGGCCUCCUCUAAUAUCACAUAUCACAAAGCUCCGCAUUUCGUUCCGAAGAGUAUUCGUAAAAAGAAGCAUAGAACAAACAAACAAAAAAUCUCGAUGGUAACAAACAAUAACCCAAUAAUAAAAGGACUAGAUGUUCAAUAUUUGUAAAAAACCAAAAUCAACAAAACAAAAAACCGAAAAAUGUCGAUUUCUUUUUCACUCUAUAUCACCUACCAUUAGGUUUUUUACCGUCACUGCUAACCUCAAUCGGAUGAACAAAUUUUGACAGUUCAGCAGUACUGUUUGUAAAUAGAAAUUUCUUUUGUUUGUUUAUUGACAAAUUGGAUCAGACCAUUUACGGUCCAUAUCGCCUAAAUAGAGUUUUGAAGCAUUUGUUCGCGAUUGGAUACGGUUUGUUUUUGAGAUUUGAUGAAUAAAAGUGACUAGUUGCCAGGUCUAAAGAUGAUUGUUUAAGAUGUGCUCUUCGAUUUUUGUUUAAGCUUGUUUGUAAACAGUACCGCUGAACUGUCAAGGAUGAAUACUUGUUCAUUUGUGUCGUCACGAUAAAAAACCUAAUUGCCAGUGCUGUCAUUUUAAUUUGCACGUUUGCAUGAAGACCGAUAUCAUCGAAGGAAUGCGUUCAUAUUAGCUUGCAAUCUCACGUCUUCUCGGUGGAAUCUGUCGUAUUUUCAGGACCGUGAGCGCCCUCCGGAGUGGAAAGUGGCUGGCUUGAUUCUUGAAGCUUUGACAAAAUGUGCUCUGGAUGUGAAAGUCUGUUGCCAUGCAGCAAGUAUAGCACGAAGCGUUACAAAGCGAUACGACGCUGUUUUACACGCUUGCUUUGACCAAAUAUAUUCAAAUCGCACGCGCUUGUUGACGUUUCAAGUGACUGGAAGGGUAAUGAGUGUUUGGAUGAAAUGUUGUCUUUUUCGCCUGAUAAAUCUAGAACUGAUUUCGGAUAGUUGUUUCAAAUAAAUAAUUUUCAGGAAACUGAGUUGAGUUCGCAGUUACCACUGGGCUGUGAGUGAACCCGAAAAUAGACUCGAAUUUCAGUUCAAACUAAUUUCAAUGAGAUGAACUCGGUUCAGAAUGAGAAACAGAGCGGCAGCGUUCCUGGCGCCCGAGGCGAACUCAAAAAUAUUCACCCCUACCAUUUUUUUAACAAACAUCAUGAAGGCGAACACAAAUUACUUAAUUUUCUGAAAGGUUAUCCCAAGUACGAAUUUUAAUUGCAAAUGCUUGUAGCAGUCUUGAGUGUUACAUAAUGGCCCUUAUUACCGUUCUCACUUCCACUUUCACAUUCACUUCACUUACAUGUCACUUCAAUUUAUGUUACCUAUUACCAAUAUCACGCAUCACAUCACUAUGCGUGGAAAAAACUAAUUUUUUCUACAAAAUGCUGGUGGCGUGAUUGUAAUAAAGACAUCAAGUUCAUUCAAAUAUUUACUUUUGUCUCUAAAGCGACUUUCGUAAUAAGGACCUACAUUCACUUCACUUGAUUUCCACCGUGAAGUGAUACCCAUAAUAAGGGUCACAGUCACUUCACUUGGUUUUCACCGUGUAGUGACACCGGUAAUAAGGGCCAAUAGAUUUCACAUUUUCCACCCUAUUCUGUAUUUCGAUCGAUUUGGAAGCAAGCCGAAAGCGAAACGUGAAAAGAUCGAAACAAAAUAUGUGCUUUUUGCACAAACCAAAAAUACGCAAAAUUAUACUGGAUGACCGGAAAGAGAAAGUGCGCAAAUUGGACAAGAUUUUGCAGAUGAAAAAAGAUAUCCUACCGCUGGAUCUCACACAUACUUAUUGUAAACUAAAAAGACGAACGCAAGCGCACUUUGAGUACAUGUUAGGCUGGAUCCAUUAUUAUACGCCAGAGAACAGAAUGAUUACCCGAAAAUGGACUAAAGUCGUACUUAAAAGCGGCACGAGUGCCUGGAAGGGAGGCUCAAUGAGUAGGAAUGAUCAUGAUGCCGGUUUUCUGGGAUUGCCAUAGAAUACUUUUGGAGGACUACCUCAAUGCGUGCAUUAAUGGAUUACUAGCUCAUCCUCCACCAUGCUCAUCAGAUUUGGCUUUCUCGAACUAUUAUCCCAAACCUCAAGUCAGCUCUGAGAAAGCAAUCUGAGUGUCGUUUUGAAAUUUCAGACCGCUACUUCCGGAACCUGGAACCGAAACCAGUAUAGCCGAAGUAAGUUUGUAUGGUCAUCAACUAAUAUGACCUACAGAUUCAGAAGAUGUUUUCCGUUUUCCACGAAUCGCAGCAAGGGAGCUAUCUCGGAUCACUUCUCAAAAUCUAUCACAUAAUCACAAGUCUUGUGGAUUGUUGUGCUCCAGAAAUGGACAGAAAUCACAUGACAGUAAACGUUAAAAAAAUGUAAUACACUGAAGUCUUUUUUAAUGUGAAUUCACGUACCGCAUAAAAAACCGCAUAACUCUGAAAAUUCGCAUAAAAAACCGCAGAAGGGAAAUCGCAUAACUCUGAAAACUCGCAUAAAAAACCGCAGAAGGGAAACCGCAUAACUCUGAAACUUUGCAUAAAAAAACGCAUAACUCUAAAAAUUCGCAUAAAAAAGUCUCAUAAAAAAAGACCUCAGUGUACAAUAACCUUCUCUCGGCACAGUCACAAAUUUAUAUGAUGAUAGUUCCAGUGAAAAAGUAUUAAAAACGCCGGUAGAAGGCACACGGAAAAUCAUGUACAUAGGAAAUCUUCAGGAACAUUAUUUUUUAUCUGAGGGACCCUUCCAAAACGAAAUCCUGGGUACGGGCCUGGUUAAGCCGAAGGCGAACGCGAAGAAAUCUGUAAAAAAUGUUCAAAACGACGUAUGUAACAAUGAGAGAAUCUCUUUGUUUACUUUCUCUUUCGAUUAUUGCGAAAUAUUCCUGCUCUUUUCGGUAAUUUCUCCAGAGCAGAUUAAAAGAUGAUAGUUUUAGUUAUUAUUAUCGGUAAAUGAUUGGAGAGAAGGAUUGCCAAGAGUGCCGUAAUAAUCAAAAGAGAAAGUAAACAAAGAGAAUCUCUCAUUGUUACAUACGUCGUUUUGAACAUUUUAUACAGAAAUAUUGUAUUACAUACCAAAAGAGAAAUUCUGCUGUUUUUCAAAGAACGGCGAAUCUAACAUUGACAGCAAAUGGAGAAAAACAUCGAUGAAUGUUUCGACUUUGGUGUCGAAUCGUAUUUAGGAAUCAUCGUAUAUUCUUCGAUCAAUUUUUGAUUAGUCGAUGAUCUGUUCGUUUAUCUUUGAGAGGUGUGCAAAUUUUACAACUUUCAUUCUAUAUCUACUGAAUAAAUCAACAUAAAAAGCGUUUCUACUGAAUAAAUCAACAUGAAUGACAGUUUCGCCGACGACACGACCUGCCACUCGGUUAUCAAAACUGUAUCGCAAAUUUAACUACCCCUCAGUAACUGGUAAUGUCAAAAUGAAAUCUCCUGAAAAACUAUUCAAACUGGCAACACAAGUGGAUGAACGCAUUGAAGACUUGAGCAAUGUAAACUAAAUAUGCUGUCACGGGUGGAAGAUCCUUAUUUCGCGGCAAAGUUGUCGGUUUCACAUAACGUUUCAAUAUCCGUUGAUACUUGUUAAAUAAUUCAACGUAAUCAAGCUUCAGAUCAGAUCUAUGACGAUUGUCUGCUAUGUAAAUGAGUUUUAAAAUGUUAGCAAACUGCAAUAGUUCGGUGAAUCCGUCAAAAUGAAUCUUAUUAUCAAUAUGAUGAUUUAGUAUCGAAAUAUGAAUUACAAAGCUGAGUCAAUCCGGUAUAUCAGUACUAUUCUACGAGAUGCAAUCGCACUUCAUAUGCAGAUUCGAAUACACUUAUAAAUAGAACUCAUGUUUGUUCUUUUCUAAUGAAUUUCUAAAGUAUUCAUCAUAUUUAUGUAUAUUCGUCACUUCUGAAUUCCAAAUCAUUCAACCCAAGUUUCUAAUCAGCGUAUAUGUAAAACAAUACUCCGUCAUAUUUUGGACAUUAGAGAAACUCCUUUACAUCGCAAAGCGGGUGUAAAAUCUGAUGAACAUGAAAGACUCUUGAAAAGCUUGAUGAUUUUAUAGAAUAACGCCUGUCUAUCGCAGCACUACAUUUAGCGUCAGAAUUGGAUAUUGUUCCGGACGGCGCGAAUACAAAAAGAACGUUGUAACAUUAACUUGAUAGAUGAAUGUAUCUUUUAAUAUUAAAAUUCUAAUAUUCUCUAAUUCAUGAUAAAUUAUUUAUUAAUUUUUUUUAAUUAUUAUUAAUCUAUUCCUCGUACCUAGCGUAUUGUGAAAUCGUCAAGCUUUGUCGUAUUUAAUAAUUAAACUUUUCAGGGGUACCAGUCCCCGGCCGAUAGCUCGCGGUGCCUCGUGCAACUUUCACAAUCUUGGUUUCUGAGUUCUUUUAUUUUUACGCUGAUGGCACAAAAUUUUAAUUAAAAAAACUAUUUCAAAACAUUCUAGACUGGUUUGUUUAUUUAUUAUGGGGCUCCUUGGUAACUAGUUCGCAGAAACUUAAACAGUGUUGCUCAAGAAGAUUAUUUUUAUCGUCAUCAAGGGGUCGCUUUAUUUGUGGUAACUGGCGGUAAAUCGCUCACGAACAAUUUUCAUUCCGAUUUUUCUUCGAAGUGCCUGGUCGUGUCGUCGAUUUCGCCUUUUAUAGUUCUUUGUAUUACUAAGAUUGAGAUUUUUGAAGAAUCCGAAUUUUUGGCAAAAUUGCAGGAUUUUGAAGAAUUUAUUGGUAGGAGCAAGAAACUCGAUUUGUUUACUUUUGUAAGAUUCGUCCUUCUUUGAAAAACAGCUGAAUUAAUUUUGGGUGUCAUGCCCGCAUGAGCAUGGCUGCUAGACGGUUAACUAAACGCUGCCAGCGAACAAAAUAUGAACUGAAUGAUUAACUGAAGUGACUGAAUAGUUCAUCCGGUCAAACAUCCGGUUUUUUUUUACUGAAGCUGUUGAAUUCAAUUUCAUCCGAUUAACUGAUCUGUUCUUCAGUUAAUCGUUCAGUCCGUCCCUUUUCUUUUGAUCAGAAUAAAGUUCCUCCAAGAAAAAAAAAACUGAUGAAACUGAUAUGAAGACAAAACGCAAAACUGACCUGACGACACACACGCUCAGUUCAGAUAAUCGUUCAGUUUUUUUUAAUCCGUCCAAGGUUCAUUUGGACUGUCCGGAAAACUGAAGGUGUAUAGGCCACUUGAGAGGUUCGCAGGUUGAUGCUCUCGAAAAAAGAUCGCAUGCUUAAGUAAGUAGUGAAGCCAUCGAUGGAAUUGAACCCAACUAGAUCAGUUGUGCGAUUAGAAGAGAAAAAAAAACAAGGAUGAACUAGAGUGCUUACAACCUGAGUAACGACUUCUCAUCCGUAAUGUUGGCAACAUGAGUUUUACAUUGUAACUGACAGGUCGUUUGCUCGUUUGGAACUGGGAGCUGUCAUUCCAAACGAACAGCUGUCGUCACUUUGGUUAUAGGCACUCUAUGAUGAACGAGUACGUAUUUUUUCAUCACGUCAACGUUCUGCCUCACCUUCUGUAUAGUCUAAACAGCAAUAAGACACUACUGGUUCCGAUUCAUGUGCGCUCAUUUAGGAAUACCCUUCUUUUCAAUCUAGAGAAUAAAAUAAAAAAUAGUUCGAUCUCUGGAAGAAGAGAAUUGGUUGUACUUUUCGAUAAGUGCCAUUACAAACAAACAUACUUUGAUAUAAAAAAAAACCUUUGUAUAUGCAGAAGACUAAAAAGAGAUGGUAAUAAAAAAAUUCUUCGUUCCACUUCCUUACUUUGGAGUUACAAACUGUAUCACAUACAUCACAACACACAAAAUCUAUCAUAAAUUCAGGUACGUAUUUCAAUUUAGGGAAUGUAAAAUCUAGUACUAAGGUAUUUGUUUUUCAGAUUCACCAUCUCCAAUCGGGUUAUUUCGUCAAAUGAAUGUCUGAAAUUCUUCGUCAUAGUCAGUUUUGAAAACGAAUGUCCAUAGCUCUAUACUGAAUAUUAAUAAUGCUAUAUCGCUACUAUUCUAAUCUAAAAUGUUUUAUUUUUUAAUUAAAUCAAAUACAAAAAAACACCACAGGGCGUCUUCAUCUUUAAUCUGGUGCAGUGGACUCCGAUCAAGUACCUCGGAUACUCGUACCCACUGUGGGCCCAUGCGUUCGGAUGGUUCACCGCCCUGUCCUCGAUGUUGUGCAUCCCCGGUUACAUGAUUUGGCUAUGGAGAAACACUCCCGGCGAUCGGGCUAACAAAAUUCGACUGAUCGUCAGAAUCGAGGACAGCGUCAGUCAGCUCCGAGAGAGAAUGCAAGCCGACCAAGACAAAGCCAUGGAGCUGUAAGUUCUACACCCGGAAAUAGCAGUGCCUAGAAGGGAAAACGCAAUUCCUAAACAAGCUUAAAACUGAACCAAGGUUAACACAUCUACGAUUACUUCCGGUUAUUACCAGGACCUGGUAGUCCUUUCGCACCAGUUUAUUUGCUUUUCUUUGUCGUGAAAUAUCUCAUUCAGUUACGGUCCAUAGCGUAAUGGGAGGAUUAUUGAUUGCACUAACUUUAUGAUGUAUUACUGAGUUCUAAUUUAUUUAGUAAAUAUUUUACUAACAGAUAGAGACACUCUUGUCCGACAUUUCGAACGCGCGCGCACACACGCACCUACAUAAAUACACACAAACACACAUACAUACACACUCAUAAAUUGUACACGCUUCCACUGUUAGUUAUAUAUUCGAGUUUUGAUUACGUAAGUUCAAAAAGACGCGAGGGGUUCAACAGUUCCGGUUCUGAUUAUCUAGGCGUAGGAUUAGCUUGUCUAAAUGUUAAGUAAAUAAUUUUACCACCACACACCCACACACACAGUAGUUUUUUGACGUUCCGAUACAACCAAUAGUGUAUAAUUAGAUCUAUUUAUAGUACCCAAACAUUUUGGUUUUCAUGCUGAUGACGAAAGAUGUCGCGCUAGUGAAUGUUAACGUAAAAAAUAAAAAGACUAUGAAAUGCGAAAGCCACCAUCAGUACGGAAUAAAAAGUGAUUUGUAAAAAAACAA